AUGAAUUCAAAUAAAGUGGAUACUGUAUUUCAAGAGGAAGAGCAACAGAGGCAGGAGGGUUCAUCCAUGGGUGGACAUGAAGCUUUGGAUGAGAGCGGCAAUGGUCCUGCCAAUGCGCCAGGUUUAAAUAUCAACAAUGGACUUGGCAAGUUGGACAGAAGUACAAGGAAGUUUGUUGAUAGGGCUAAGGAACUGGCUAUGAAUGCCGGCCACGAAGAGUCUACGCCUCUUCAUUUGGUAGUGGCAUUGUUCUCCGAUUGUAAUAACUUGAGGCAAGCAAUUGUCAAUGCCAGUCAGGUUGAAGAAGCUGAAAACUCAGUUAGGAAUGUCCUCAAUCAAGCAAUGAAUAUGCUUCCCCGCAGAAUCCCUAAAAAUGAGAAGCAACCCAAAAAGAUGGAUUCAGAAAUUGAAGGUCUUUUUGAUAGAAGUGGGAUCAGUACCUCAAGGGUGAAAUUAGAGGUCAAGAAGCUUUAUGUAUUCUAUCAAGAAAAAACAAGAGCAAUGUCAUUAUUAUUGGAGAGCCCUGGUGUUGGAAAAACAGCAGUGGUAGAAGGCUUAGCCCAAAGAAUUGUUAAACGGGAUGUUCCUAAAUAUUUUGAUGAUGUGAGGCUUUUUGCAUUAGAUAUGGGGGCUUUGGUGGCCGGAACGAAGUAUAGGGGAGAAUUUGAGAAUAGGUUGAAAGCAAUUCUAAAGGAAGCAGAAGAAGCUGAAGGAAAAGUUAUACUCUUCAUUGAUAAAAUACACCUUGUUCUUGGUGCUAGUCAAAUUGAAGGAGGGUCCAUGGAUGCUGCCAACAUUUUCAAGCCAAUGCUUGCUAGGGGCCAAUUUAGAUGCAUUGGGGCGACAACUUUUGUAGAGUAUAGAAAAUAUGUGGAGAAAAAUGCUGCUUUUGCAAAAAGGUACCAAAAGGUUUAUGUGGUUGUGCCAAGUGUUGAGAACACAAUUAGUAUUCUUUGA